AUGGCGGACAUGCCUUCGAUAUACAUCAUUGGGGCCCAGUGCACCGGCAAGACCACUUUGGUUGAAGCUGUCUCCCAGCAUAUACGAAGACAACAAACUUACCUUUCCUUUGCUAUCAUCAAGGAGCUUGCCCGCGGCAUCUUGGUGGCAGCAGAUGUGAACAGAGACGAUAUUCGAACCGGGUCAGAGAAAGCGAUGGGUUUCCAGAAACGUGUGCUCGAGGCGCAGCUGGAUGAGGAACAAAAACUCCAAAGUCAAGGAUUCAUCAUCUCCGAUCGAUCUGGCAUUGACCCAAUCGCUUAUGCUAAACUAUACGGUCCACCGCGAGUCACAAAAGAAAUGCUUGGGACGUCUGCCUGGGCAGCGUUGAGGAAGACAAUGCGUCAAGGCGUCGUCAUACUUUGCGAACCUGUUCCGCGCUGGCUGUCUGAUGAUGGCGUGAGGCUGAUGCCGCAAGACACAAGAGAGUGGUUUGAGCUACACCAAGCCUUCAUCGACCUGCUGCGGCUGAGUGAUAUCGGGUUCGUGUUGUUGCCAGCGACAUGCAACUCGAUUGAAGAGAGAGUAGCUUUUGUGCUCGAGAAAUGGGGCAAUCGGGUGAGGCAUACCGCCAGUUUGAGAUCCUCAUGCCAGCGACUGUGGGACUUGGCACCAGCGACAACUGCCUCGCUAGUUUAG